GCGGCCUGGCGGCGGGGCGCCAUGGAGCGCAACCCGUCGCCGCCCGGCAGCGAGGCCGAGGAGGAGGAGGAGGGCGACGCGGUGGGCGGCACGCUCUACAGCAAGCACUGGCUCUUCACCAUCCUCACGCGCCUCAUCGAGGUCAUCAGCCCCGAGCAGGGGGAGGCCGGCGCGAGCGCCGAGCAGACGGAGCUGGACGAGGAGAUGGAGAACGACAUCUGCAAAGUGUGGGACAUGUCCAUGGACGAGGACGUCGCUUUGUUUCUGCAAGAGUUCAAUGCCCCCGAUAUAUUCAUGGGAGUUUUUGCCAAGUCAAAAUGUCCUCGCCUUACUGAAAUCUGUGUGGGAAUACUGGGAAAUAUGGCUUGUUUCCAAGACAUAUGCAUGUCCAUUAGCAAAGAUGAGAAUCUUGGCCAAGUGUUAUUGCAACGUUUGUGUGAUUCAGAUUCUCCAACUCUUCUAGAAACAAACAGGUUGCUGUUAACUUGCCUCUCCCAACCUGAGGUGGCCAACAUCUGGGUUGAGAGAAUCCGAGAAAACCCUUCUGUCUACGACUGUGUCUGCUUUAUCAUGUCAAGCUCCACAAAUGUUGACUUGCUGGUAAAAGUGGGUGAAGUGGUGGACAAACUCUUCGAUCUAGAUGAAGAGCUCAUGUUGACCUGGAUUAAAAACGGUUCUUGUCAGUCCGUGGGACCCUCUGUAGAUGACUCCCCCGAAGAACUUCCAGAUUUUAAGAUUGUGCCUUGUAUACUUGAAGCAGCCAAGCAAGUCCGCUCUGAUAAUCCAGRAGGACUUGAUGUCUACAUGCAUAUCUUGCAGCUCCUAACCACGGUGGAUGAGGGCAUUCAGGCUAUUGUGCAGGCUCCUGAUGGAGGAAAGGAGACUUGGAAUCUUCUUUAUGACCUAAUUUGCCAUGAACUCUGCCAGCCAGACGAUCCUGCAAUCAUUGUUCAAGAGCAGAAAACUCUCUUGGCCUCUAUUCUGUCUGUAUUGUCUGCUAUGUUUGCUUCACAGACUGAACAAGAAUACAUCAAGAUGAGGAAAGAUAUGCCUCUGAUUGGGAGCUUGAUUCGUAUCUUACAAAACAUGGAAGACUGUGGGAAGAGGUCCGAGGAUGACAUGAAGAAAUCUAAAGAAGAUGAAACUGGGAAGGCAGAAGUACAUGAGGAAGAUUUCCAUUUGAAAAUUUUGAAGGAUAUCUGCUGUGAAUUACUUUCUAAUAUGAUUCAAGAGUUAACCAAGGARAAUAUAUUAGAAGGUUUAAACCAGGGACAUUUGAAUGAACAGACAUGUUCCUGUGCAUUUCAGAACCUCUUGCCUCUGUAUUUCACAUCGGUGGAGAGCUUCCUUGAGGUAUUGCGUGAAGCUGAUCAGACACUUGCUGACAAUCUAGAAAAACGUUUCCCGAGCCUGAAGGUCCACACCUAAGAACAUACAUGAAAUAUUUUCCGUCUUUGGAAUGAAGAUUUUUGACUGUUUCUUUACUGUGUUUUAGAAGUCAGAUUUCAGUAAGUGCAGAAGAGUAAGGCAAUAUUCUUACCAAUAGAUGGCUUUUAAGAUUUGUUCUAGGUAGCCCAGAUUAAUUUUGGGUUAGUCUGGUCUGCAUGGGGAAGGAUAUUAUUCUAAGUUUAGUUUUGCCUCUUCCUGUUUGCUGUGGUGAUGAGAGACUGUUAAUUUCUAGCUCCUCUUCUACAGAGUAGCCCUAUUUGAUUGACUCUUGAUCCUGCGCUUUUCAACUUACGUUGGAACAGUGAAUAGAUGAAAUGCACUGAGUAUAUGAGUGUUUUACAGGAAUACUGGCCUUUUUCAAAUCUUUCUCGGUGGAAAGAGGAUUGAUCUGUGGGAAACCUCAAAUGUCCUCUGAUUAACAGGUCAUCGUUGUCUUCAGGCACCCGAUAAAAACACAGCAGAGCAGCUUGUUUUCUUUUAGGUCCUGUCCCUACUCUGUGCAAAUAUUGUAACAGAAACGUUUCAUCCUGCUCUUUUAAAGUCUUUACAUUUGUUUUAAAACCUCUUCUGCCUGCAGCUCUGAGUCRUAGAAUCCAGGGCCUAUGCAGUUGAAAUGGGUGUGAAAAUAUCAUUAUGGACGGUCGGUUACUCAUCUUGCACCUCCUGCACCCUGUUGCCCAGAGUUAGGCUUGCAGAGCAGGCUUAAAUUUAAUCCUUGCCUUACUUGCAAGCUUUCUCCUUUGUCUAAGUGCUGUCUGCUUCAGUUCAGGAAUCUAACGUCUAUCUGAGAAUUCUUUUCUCAUUCAUGUGUGCUAAAAAUUCUCAGCAAGUGACAAGUCUAUAAAUUAGUUAGGAAAACAGUUGGUCUUUACUAUAUUUGAGAUGUAAAGGAAAAUGGGAGCCAGAGCACACCGAAUAACUGAAUAACAUACACAUUCCCCCGCUAAUCCAGGAUUUUAGAGACUUUAAUUACUGUGCUGGGCCAGGUUUUGUUCUCCCUGAGUUACGUGUGCAUGUGCUAAGAUGCAGGAUAUGUAUAUAGCCUUUGCAUCCAAACUUCUACMUUUCAAAUUAAUCCUUCCCUUGGGCUGCCAGCAGCCUCCUAGUUGUUGGCAGGGGACUUAGUUUUAGAAAUAUGACUUGUAUCAUCAAAAAGAAUUGCAAUGAUUUCUAUGAAUUUUUGUAUGCUACGGUUAUUGGAGAAAACUGGUAACU